UUAUGCGGCAAUGACGGUAUCUUUUCGACAGUAGCACAGUGAAUUCAUACAAACGCGCAGUUGUCCUUAUCACUUUGACUAUUUUAUAUUUUGCCUUCAAACAUUCAUAAAAGAUGAACACUGUUUUGUCCAGAGCGAACUCUCUUUUCGCCUUCUCUCUCAGCGUCAUGGCAGCUUUAACGUUCGGCUGUUUCAUCACCACAGCGUUUAAAGACAGAACAGUUCCUGUGGACGUCCGAGUCUCCGAAGUCUUGCUGAAGAAUGUUAAUGACUUCACUGGGUCCAAAGAGCGCAGUGAUCUGGGUUUCAUCACCUUUGACCUCUCAGCUGAUUUGCAGCCUAUUUUUGACUGGAAUGUCAAACAGCUCUUUCUGUACUUGUCGGCCGAGUACACAACAAAAAGCAACUCUCUGAACCAGGUUGUGCUCUGGGAUAAGAUUGUCCUCCGGGGUGAAAACACCAAACUGAACCUCAAAGACACUAAAUCCAAGUACUUCUUCUUUGACGAUGGAAACGGGCUCAGGGCCAACAAGAACAUCACUUUGACACUGUCAUGGAACGUCGUUCCCAACGCUGGAAUACUGCCGUUUGUAGUUGGGAGCGGAUACGUCAGUAUUCCCUUUCCUGAUAAAUAUGAGACUACAAAGAGCUAUUAGGGGGACAGAUCUGAUGACAGGCAAACUGAUAACAUUUGUCAAGUGGGAAUUGCGGGGGGUUUGUAAAGUUUUCAAGAUUCAUUUGUUUCACCUUGGCGUCUAAUCUCGCACAUAACUGUGAUGCGUUCAUGGACCAUUGAAUAAAGUACACAAAAGGUGGUUUUGA